AAAGGGAAUCGUGGGAAAUGCCGCGCAGAUCCAUUGAAACCUCUAUUCACUCCACUCUAGUUCGUACCUUUGAUCAGCGGAACCUUACUCUGGCGGUUCGGGGGAGAGCACCGGAAGGAUUUGUGCGGACGCUUCUACCAGCAGAACGGAAGCAGAAGGAACCAUGGCAGCUAUGGCUGCUUUUUGCAGUGCCCUAGGGAGGAAAGAGUGGACGCAUUUUGGGAAGACUGCUGUGGGCCUCGCAGGUCCCGGGACUCACGCGGUGCUGUGGAAAAGUUGUUCGCAAUAUCGACAGGUAACCAGCAGUGAGGACCUGCCCAUUUCUAUGGAAAAUCCUUAUAAGGAGCCUCUUAAAAAAUGUAUCUUGUGUGGAAAACAUGUAGAAUAUAAAAAUGUACAGCUUUUGUCGCAGUUUGUUUCUCCAUUCACUGGACGCAUUUAUGGACGGCACAUAACAGGUCUUUGUGGGAAGAAACAAAGAGAAAUCACUAAAGCAAUUAAGAGAGCUCAAAUAAUGGGGUUUAUGCCUGUUACAUACAAGGAUCCAGCCUAUCUCAAAGACCCUAAAGUUUGUGAUAUUAAAUAUCCAGAGUAAACUAUGUUACCAUCAAUAAACUUAUUUUCACAAUAAAUGAUAUUGAUACUAAGUCUAAAAUUUAGUAAACUUUGAGUAAAGAAUUGAUAUGCUAAAUCUUAUCAAACUAAAUUACUUGGCUUUUAACUCUGAACAGUUUGAGAUCUUAUGAGGAAAACGUAUUUCAGGGGGCUGGGUGGUGGCACACCUGGUUGAGCACACACGUUACAGUGUGCAAGGACCUAGGUUCGAGCCCCCAGUCCCCACCUGCAGGGGGAAAGCUUCAUAAGUGGUGAAGCAGGGCUGCAGGUGUUUCUCUGUCUCUCCCUAUCUCCCCAUUCCUCUCAAUUUCUGGCUGUCUCUAUCUAAUAAAAAUAAAGAUAAUUAAAAAAAAUUUUUUUAAUGUAUUUCAGGAAUCUUUUCCUAACAAUGAGUAUUAGUGAAAAGUUAUUUGAAAUGUGACACAUUUUACAUAAGAAUUUAGAAAUGGAACUAUAACAUUGUCCCUUGUAUCUCAUCCCCAAAUAUAUUACUGACAUUGAGAUGAUAAACAUGGAAUAAAGGUUUACGUUGGAAAUCUA